CGCGCGGGGCCCGCCCAUUUUCCUCCUCGCAGCAGUCAGUUGGGAGCUGGAGGGAGGGAGAGGGAGACGCAGGCGGCGAAACGGCAGAGGAGCCGAGCGCCCUCCGCCCAAGGCGCCCUCCCUCGGUCCGCGCACAGGCGCCGUCGCUUGGAGGAGCAAGGUGCCUCCCAGCCCGCAGGGGCGCCGCGCGCAAGCCUGCGGGCUCUUCGGUGGCUCUGCCCCGGGACUGCACCUGGAGGCGGCCCCAGACGGGGAUGGUCAGCGGCUGCUGCCGUCUGGCUCGCGAGCGGGACGCGGUGAGGGCACCAUGGCGCUGACGCCCGGGUGGGGGUCCUCGGCGGGGCCGGUCCGGCCGGAGCUCUGGCUACUGCUGUGGGCAGCCGCGUGGCGCCUGGGUGCCUCGGCGUGCCCCGCCCUCUGCACCUGCACCGGAACCACGGUGGACUGCCACGGCACGGGGCUGCAGGCCAUUCCCAAGAACAUACCGCGGAACACCGAGCGCCUGGAACUCAAUGGCAACAACAUCACUCGGAUCCAUAAGAAUGACUUUGCGGGGCUCAAGCAGCUGCGGGUGCUGCAGCUGAUGGAGAACCAGAUUGGAGCAGUGGAACGUGGGGCUUUUGAUGACAUGAAGGAGCUGGAGCGGCUGCGACUGAACCGAAACCAGCUGCACAUGUUACCGGAACUGCUGUUCCAGAACAACCAGGCUUUGUCAAGACUGGACUUGAGUGAGAACGCCAUCCAGGCCAUCCCCAGGAAAGCUUUUCGAGGAGCUACGGACCUUAAAAAUUUACAGCUGGACAAGAACCAGAUCAGCUGCAUUGAGGAAGGGGCCUUCCGUGCUCUGCGGGGGCUGGAGGUUCUGACCCUGAACAACAACAAUAUCACUACCAUCCCCGUGUCCAGCUUCAACCAUAUGCCCAAGCUACGGACCUUCCGCCUGCACUCCAACCACCUGUUUUGUGACUGCCACCUGGCCUGGCUCUCGCAGUGGCUGAGGCAGCGGCCAACCAUCGGGCUCUUCACCCAGUGCUCAGGCCCAGCCAGCCUGCGUGGCCUCAAUGUGGCAGAGAUCCAGAAGAGUGAGUUCAGCUGCUCAGGCCAGGGGGAAGCGGGGCGCGUGCCCACCUGCACCCUGUCCUCCGGCUCCUGCCCGGCCAUGUGCACCUGCAGCAAUGGCAUCGUGGACUGUCGUGGAAAAGGCCUCACUGCCAUCCCGGCCAACCUGCCUGAGACCAUGACGGAGAUACGCCUGGAGCUCAACGGCAUCAAGUCCAUCCCUCCUGGAGCCUUCUCACCCUACAGAAAGCUACGGAGGAUAGACCUGAGCAACAAUCAGAUCGCUGAGAUUGCACCCGACGCCUUCCAGGGCCUCCGCUCCCUGAACUCGCUGGUCCUCUAUGGAAACAAGAUCACAGACCUCCCCCGCGGUGUGUUUGGAGGGCUAUACACCCUACAGCUCCUGCUCCUGAAUGCCAACAAGAUCAACUGCAUCCGGCCCGAUGCCUUCCAGGACCUGCAGAACCUCUCACUGCUCUCCCUGUAUGACAACAAGAUCCAGAGCCUUGCCAAGGGCACUUUCACCUCCCUGCGGGCCAUCCAGACUCUGCACCUGGCCCAGAACCCUUUCAUCUGCGACUGUAACCUCAAGUGGCUGGCAGACUUCCUGCGCACCAAUCCCAUCGAGACGAGUGGGGCCCGCUGUGCCAGUCCCCGGCGCCUCGCCAACAAGCGCAUCGGGCAGAUCAAGAGCAAGAAGUUCCGGUGCUCAGCCAAAGAGCAGUACUUCAUUCCAGGCACGGAGGAUUACCAGCUGAACAGCGAGUGCAACAGCGACGUGGUCUGUCCCCACAAGUGCCGCUGUGAGGCCAGCGUGGUGGAGUGCUCCAGCCUGAAGCUCACCAAGAUCCCUGAGCGCAUCCCCCAGUCCACGGCCGAACUGCGAUUGAAUAACAAUGAGAUUUCCAUCCUGGAGGCCACUGGGAUGUUUAAAAAACUUACACAUCUGAAGAAAAUCAAUCUGAGCAACAACAAGGUGUCAGAAAUUGAAGAUGGGGCCUUCGAGGGCGCAGCCUCUGUGAGCGAGCUGCACCUGACUGCCAACCAGCUGGAGUCCAUCCGGAGCGGCAUGUUCCGGGGUCUGGAUGGCUUGAGGACCCUAAUGCUGCGGAACAACCGCAUCAGCUGCAUCCACAACGACAGCUUCACGGGCCUGCGCAACGUCCGGCUCCUCUCGCUCUACGACAACCAGAUCACCACCGUAUCUCCAGGGGCCUUCGACACCCUCCAGUCCCUCUCCACGCUGAAUCUCCUGGCCAACCCUUUCAACUGCAACUGCCAGCUGGCCUGGCUAGGAGGCUGGCUACGGAAGCGCAAGAUCGUGACGGGGAACCCACGGUGCCAGAACCCUGACUUUUUGCGGCAGAUUCCCCUGCAGGACGUGGCCUUCCCUGACUUCAGGUGUGAGGAAGGCCAGGAGGAGGGGGGCUGCCUGCCCCGCCCACAGUGCCCACAGGAGUGCGCCUGCCUGGACACCGUGGUCCGAUGCAGCAACAAGCACCUGCGGGCCCUGCCCAAGGGCAUUCCCAAGAAUGUCACAGAACUCUAUUUGGACGGGAACCAGUUCACUCUGGUUCCGGGACAGCUGUCUACCUUCAAGUACCUGCAGCUUGUGGACCUGAGCAACAACAAGAUCAGUUCCUUAAGCAAUUCUUCCUUCACCAACAUGAGCCAGCUGACCACUCUGAUCCUCAGCUACAAUGCCCUGCAGUGCAUCCCGCCUCUGGCCUUCCAGGGACUCUGCUCCCUGCGCCUGCUGUCUCUCCACGGCAAUGACAUCUCCACCCUCCAAGAGGGCAUCUUUGCAGAUGUGACCUCCCUGUCUCACCUGGCCAUUGGUGCCAACCCCCUAUACUGUGACUGCCACCUCCGCUGGCUGUCCAGCUGGGUGAAGACUGGCUACAAGGAACCGGGCAUUGCUCGCUGUGCUGGGCCCCCGGACAUGGAGGGCAAGCUGCUCCUCACCACGCCUGCCAAGAAGUUUGAAUGCCAAGGUUCCCCAACGCUGGCUGUCCAGGCCAAGUGUGAUCCCUGCUUGUCCAGUCCGUGCCAGAACCAGGGCACCUGCCACAAUGACCCCGUUGAGGUGUACAAGUGCGCCUGCCCCAGCGGCUAUAAGGGCCAAGACUGUGAGGUGUCCCUGGACAGCUGUUCCAGUGGCCCCUGUGAAAACGGGGGCACCUGCCAUGCACAGGAGGGCGAGGAUGCCGCGUUUACGUGCUCCUGUCCCAUCGGCUUUGAAGGACCAACAUGUGGGGUGAACACGGAUGACUGUGUGGAUCACGCCUGUGCCAAUGGGGGCGUCUGUGUGGACGGUGUGGGCAACUACACCUGCCAGUGCCCCCUGCAGUAUGAGGGAAAGGCCUGUGAGCAGCUGGUGGACUUGUGCUCUCCGGAUCUGAACCCAUGUCAACACGAGGCCCAGUGUGUGGGCACCCCGGAUGGGCCCAGGUGUGAGUGCAUGCCAGGUUACGCAGGUGACAACUGCAGCGAGAACCAGGAUGACUGCAGGGACCACCGCUGCCAGAAUGGGGCCCAGUGUAUGGAUGAAGUCAACAGCUACUCCUGCCUCUGUGCUGAGGGCUACAGUGGACAGCUCUGUGAGAUCCCUCCCCAUCUGCCUGCCCCCAAGAGCCCCUGUGAGGGGACUGAGUGCCAGAAUGGGGCCAACUGUGUGGACCAGGGCAACAGGCCUGUGUGCCAGUGCCUCCCAGGCUUCGGUGGCCCUGAGUGUGAGAAGUUGCUCAGUGUCAACUUUGUGGAUCGGGACACUUACCUGCAGUUCACUGACCUGCAAAACUGGCCACGGGCCAACAUCACAUUGCAGGUCUCCACGGCAGAGGACAAUGGGAUCCUUCUGUACAACGGGGACAACGACCACAUUGCAGUUGAGCUGUACCAGGGCCAUGUGCGUGUCAGCUACGACCCAGGCAGCUACCCCAGCUCUGCCAUCUACAGUGCUGAGACGAUCAACGACGGGCAAUUCCACACUGUUGAGCUGGUUGCCUUUGACCAGAUGGUGAAUCUCUCCAUUGAUGGCGGGAGUCCCAUGACCAUGGACAACUUUGGCAAACAUUACACACUCAACAGCGAGGCGCCACUCUAUGUGGGAGGGAUGCCCGUGGAUGUCAACUCAGCUGCCUUCCGCCUGUGGCAGAUCCUCAACGGCACCGGCUUCCAUGGUUGCAUCCGAAACCUGUACAUCAACAACGAGCUGCAGGACUUCACCAAGACGCAGAUGAAGCCGGGCGUGGUGCCAGGCUGCGAACCCUGCCGCAAGCUCUACUGCCUGCAUGGCAUCUGCCAGCCCAAUGCCACCCCAGGGCCCAUGUGCCACUGCGAGGCCGGCUGGGUGGGCCUGCACUGUGACCAGCCCGCUGACGGCCCCUGCCAUGGCCACAAGUGUGUCCAUGGGCAAUGUGUGCCCCUCGACGCUCUUUCCUACAGCUGCCAGUGCCAAGAUGGGUACUCGGGGGCGCUGUGCAACCAGGCCGGGGCCCUGGCAGAGCCCUGCAGAGGCCUGCAGUGCCUGCAUGGCCACUGCCAGGCCUCAGGCACCAAGGGGGCACACUGUGUGUGUGACCCAGGCUUUUCGGGCGAGCUGUGUGAGCAAGAGUCCGAGUGCCGGGGGGACCCUGUCCGGGACUUUCACCAGGUCCAGAGGGGCUAUGCCAUCUGCCAGACCACGCGCCCCCUGUCAUGGGUGGAGUGCCGGGGCUCGUGCCCAGGCCAGGGCUGCUGCCAGGGCCUUCGGCUGAAGCGGAGGAAGUUCACCUUUGAGUGCAGCGAUGGGACCUCUUUUGCCGAGGAGGUGGAAAAGCCCACCAAGUGUGGCUGUGCCCUCUGCGCAUAGUGCUGGGCGUGGACAGGCGGGUGAGGGCGGGCAAGGGGCCCCAGCCGCUGCAGCAGCGGAGACAGUCGCCAGCAGCUGGGCUGGGGUGCAGGUCAUCACAGGACGGCUCCUGGGCAGCUGGGCCCUCCUGGGUGGGGUGGUGCCAGAGCAGCCUUUUAAAAGCAAAUUGCGCCAUAGCUGGGGGCAGUGGGGGUGGGCGAGGCCUGAGCUGCGGGCUGCCCUCUCCGGAGUGCCUUGCACAAACAGGCGCUUAAUAAAUAUUUGUUGAAUGAAUGUGUGCGUGAGGUCAGGCCAAGAAGUGCAGAACGAUGACACCCCUCCUUACCUGCUACCUGAGUCUGGAGAAGAAAAAUGACAGCCUUCCAAACCAACUCUUCCCUUUGGCCUGUGGCCCAGGCUGGCUUGGAGCUGGGUCUGUGGCCCUGGAAGCCUCUUACCCCUCUGCGGGCAACCAUGAAGUACUCUCAGCCUCCCCAGGAAGCCAGCCUGGUUCAUUCUGCUGCUACAGAAUCUGCUGGUGGUAGGCCAGGCUCUGGAGUGGGGGUGUCGCCUCCUGCUGGCCAGGGAGGGUCGGACCCUUCCCCGCUGGGCUGACUGGCAGCUCUGCAGCCACUGCUUGGGAACGAGGCUGUGGGUGGAGGUGGUUCUUAGGACCAGGGCUCUGAAUCCUAAAGUUCUAGGAUGACUACUGUAGCUGCAAGGAGGGCUUAUGUGGAGGAAACAGCCACAGGGGCUGCUCAGGGUGGCAGACCCCACUAAAGAGGGCAGAGGGUUCUUUGCUCUAGGUAAACAAACAUCAUCUGUCUCCAGACACUGGCCAGAGAAGGAGCAUUGGUCCUGGGCUUCCCCAGCCACCAGUCAGCCACAAGCUGUCAGUGACCUAUUGGCAGAGUGACUGGGUGUGAGGGUCUGGGCCAGGGUGCUUGACCAGGGAGCAGCUGGUUCAGAGUCCUUCACACCGCAGGCCAGUAGGGAGCAGUGGAAGGGACAGUGCUCUAGGCAUUGGGAAGUCCCCGCUGGCUCUAUCAAUCACUCGGGGCAAACUUCUCCCCGCCUGGGCCUCUGGUUCCUCAGCUGUAAAAUGGCUGGAGGUGGGGGGCGGGAUGACUAAGGGAACAGUGUAGACUCCCCCACUGUGGUCUUGGGAGGCCAGAGGAGUUAGUUAGUUAGAAGACCUAUCUUCAUUGAUCACAUAAAUAAGUAAGUAUUUAUGUGCCUAACCCGGGGCUGGGGACUGUGGACAUUCUGGCCUAAUGGACAGAUGUGAAUUCAUCCCAGAGCAUCGCAGGAACGACCAGGAUGCCGGGAAGAGUUGAGCUGAGUGGGGGCUCCAGCCACAGACAGCGGCCCAGGCCAGAGGGUUGCUGGCAACAAAGGAGCCAGUGGUGGAAGAGGCGCUGAAUAUAUGAUUGCCUGACUGCGUUGUCUUCUCUUCCAUACACAGUGAAAAUGUAGAAAGAUGAUGGUUUGUGAGGCCAAACUGUGAAUGGGCUAAAGGGAGGCAAAGUUGCACUCUCCUUCCCCAGAGGGCUCACCAAGAGGGCACACCCCUGGGAGGUUCUGGUGGGCAACGGGGGGGUGAGCAUGUCCCUGCCCUGGCUCCCUCCACCUGUGACCAGGAGGCAUGGCUGGGUGUAUGUUCAGGUGAGGCUCAGAGUGGCAUUGUGUCCGUGUCCCCUGCCCAUGUCCCCCACCCAGGGCAGUGAGGGGAGCCCUUGAUGUUGGUUAGAGGGCUAGAGCUGGGGUAGAGGAUGCCUGGCAUGUCCCAUGCCACAGGGACUCAAUCUAGCAACUAUUAGUCCUGGUGUCCCUGUGAUGGGAAGAGGGCAGUGCCCUGCCCAAUGUGGGAGGUGUCCUCAUGGCAGGAUCUGCCCCUCACCAGGGGGCUGGGAUCUACUUGCUUGGAGCUCUGAGCAAGGCCACAGUGCCCACCCCCACCCCCAAGUAGACCACAGCCUGGGCCUCAUGGGGCUUCUCCCAGGCCCACAUGGCAUCCCUCUCUUACUUUGAGUUUCCAGGCCACCGUGGGACCCUGCAGAGCAUCUGCACUGGGCUGGAUAGGGCAGAAAAGCUCAAGGGCAGCUAGCUUGCCUCUUCCCUGGAAGAAAUGUGCUCUGGGACUCACCAACCCUGAGAAAGAUAGCUUCCCUGGCCACCACCAUUCCCCACCACCCUGGAGAAGCCAAUUUCUAGGCUUGAAGGGCACUGGCUGGCAGGAGGCCUCUUCAUUCUGCAGGAGGUGGAAAGGGCACCUGUAGACAGGUGAUACUCACCCCUCACCCGGCGCCAUGGGGCUGGGAGGUAAGCAGCUGGCAUGUUUGUUCCCAGGGAGCACCAUGUGAGCAUAAGGCUCCCCUGACCGGCCCCACCACAUGGCCCAGCCUCCUAGCACAGCAGCGCUGACCUUGGUGCAGUCUGAGGAUUGGAAUCCACCAUGAGAUGAUGUGAGAGUUGUGUGCCCCAGGAUCAACUUUUUCUCCAACUUGGCCAUCAACCAGCGAGUUGCUAAGGACCUGAGUCAGCACUUAUGUUGCCUGUUCACACUCCGCUUGAAAGUCCGGAAGGCGGCUACUGCAAAAUCACCCCUCUGAGAAGUCCUCUCUCCACAUCUUGUCCCCCUUUGUGAAGACCCCUAGUUCGCUCUGCAUUUUAGGCAUGAAGAGAUACAGCAGGGUGCGUCCCGAGGGAGCUGUGGCCUUGCAGCAUCACUGGCAACAGGGCCAGGGCUCUCGGUGAAGGUGUCAGGAAGUGGAAAAGGCUGGACUUUGUCUCCUCUUUGCCUGCUGGUAGCCUAACCGCAAAAGUAUCUCUUUAUACAGAAUACUUACAGAUUCUAAUAUAUAUUUGUAUUUCAUUUUGUUAUAGUAUUUUUAUAUGUUAAAGUCAACAUCCAGAGUCUUGUUUUGCCUUUCAGAUGCUAUGUGGUCGUGGCACGUUUUGUUGGGGGUUUCUGUAGUCUUGUUUGGAUCGACUCCUAGAGGCUGGUUUAGAACAGGCCCAUGAGGGAGCUGCACCUGCCCUGGAAGUAUUGUUUUAGACUAUGUCGAUAUUGUCUAUUGUCUUCCAUGUGAACAUGACAUUGAUUCACUCUGC